AAGGAGUGAUGAAAAUCUAGAGAGAGAAAGUUCAUUUUCCCUCCACUUUCUUAUUGAGAAAUGGAGGCUGGUCUACUCUGUCAUUCCAGGCGUUUAAUCUGAUUCGGUCUUCUUUGUUCCUGAAUCUGAUUACUUGAAGAAUCGGUCUCAAUUCUCCGUCUUGAAAUGCAAAUCGCCGAUAUCUUGAUUUCUAACGAAGACGAUGUAAACAUCGGCGGUGGCGGUUCUACCCGCACCUAUUAUGCUCAUCAGCAUCGCUGCGGCAGCAAGAGAUGGAAAAGAAGAAGACGUAUGGUAGCAGUUAUUCAUAAUAACGUGUGUUUGGCUCCGAAGUUUUUAAUAUCACGGCUGAUGUCUUCGGCGAGGAAGCUGAGAGGACGGAGUCAGACGAAGAAUGGAGGUAUGGAAAGAGAAAGAGAAAGUAAGAGAGGAAGAUCAUUAGGAUCGGUCGUGAAAAGAGAAAGGGAGGAUGAUGAUGAUGAUGAUAAUAUGCAGAACUCUUCUGUGAAGGUAUGCGAUGAUAAAGUUUUACCGAUUCACACCGCGGAGAAUGCAAAGGUUGACUGUGAGAAUCUGGAAGAAUCAGGACAGAAUAGGAACAUCACCUAUUUCAAUUUAGCUAUUGGAUUUUGCCUAGUUCAUCUUAUUGUUUCAAGCAAAAAAGAAUUAAGUGAGAGGCCUAAAUUGCGUAAAAAAGUUGAACUGGUUAAUGCCAAGGAGAAAUUCAAGAACGAGCACAGUUCUAUGUUGUACUCGCUAACAGAAUCAAAUGAUAUUAGCCAUUACACGUCUACGACAGAUGCCAAAGAAAAUACAACAAUUGACAAUCUGAUUGGAAAUCCUCUUGCUUUAGAAACAACGGGAUUGUGUGAUCAAUCUCUGGCAAGCACACGAACGACAGAAGGGAAUAGUGUAGGAAGAAUGGAUCAGCUUGAGACAGAAAUGGAAUUUGAAUUAGAGCGUCUCCAACUCUUCCUGGAUAUGGAAGAUGCUUCAGACCACCCAAAUCAGCAAAAAACAGAGAAACUUUUGGAGGAUUCAAGUUGUGAAGGGAGUAGCACAAUGGCAAGCUUCAGAAAAGCGAUUGACAAUCCGAAAACAACAGAUACAUAUUCGGGGGGAGUGAAUCCAACCGAACUUGACAUUAAAUUGCGCGAACUACUGGAAAUUAGACAGGAAGAAAGGAUAAAAGAGUUGGAAACUGCAUUAAAUAAUGCAAGACAGGAUCUUUAUGAGAAAGAACAAGAACUUUGUUGGUGGAAAGACACUGCAAAAUACAAAUAAUUUGGAUUUGUAAGUCGUAAAUCGUAAUUAAUCCACGAUGAAGCUUUUUUUAUAUAAGUUAGUUAUUGCAUUUGAGUGUUGAUAGUAUAUGAUAAAAAGUUAUAUUUGAUAUAA